UUUAACUAUUAAAUAACGACGACGAAAAAGGGAAGUUAAGGGAAUUUUACUUUACCAAGAAUUCUCAAGAAAACAUUUGCACACUAAACAUCCACAGCGCACUGAAGGGAAGCUUUUUAGACAAAAUUGGUCAAGGGAACACAUGGUUCAGUAUAGUUUCCCGAAAGGGCAGUUGCAAACAGUUUUUCACGAAAACUUCGCUGAACGUUUGAUUAUUUUAAAUAACUGUCCCAAGGGACAGUUAUUUAAUUUCGCUUUGUUGAGGGAAUUGUAGGUCGGUAAUGAUGGUCAUAAGGCUGUAAAAUUAUUUUUUUCGAAAAUAAUAAAAAGAAUUUCUCAGAAAUUUAGUAAAAAUGUCCGACGAAGAUGAAGUCUCCCCUCGAACCCUUGCUGCAGCAGCGUUCAGAAAACUUAGUCAGUCCUAUUUUAUUCGGCAGUUCAGUGAUUCAUCACUCAGCUCUCCUCGCAGUAUCUCUCAACUAACCUCAGGCCCACAGUCUCCAGUCGUAUUUUCCUAUGAAAAUUCUCCACUUUGGCCUUUGUGUGUACCUGUGACACCACCUCUUUAUACCUGGACCCGGGCUGGAGCACUUAAACGUAGAACAAUAAGGACUGUAUUUGAUCACAAGGAAACAGCUGAACCUCUUAAAGCUCUUGAACAUUUUCAGCACGGCCGUCCGCCAUUUUGAAAUUUUGAAAUUGCCAAGGAUAAAACCACAUUUUAAUGUCGUGGACAGGAAUCUAAAAAUCUACAUAAAUUAUCCCCUUCCCCCCCCCCCCAAGUAUG